AUGGCCCGAAUUGCGUACUUCUAUAGUUCUGAUUCUCGCAACUUUCAUUAUGGUGCUGGGCAUCCAAUGAAGCCCUAUAGAGUAGCAGUUACCCAUUCGAUUGUCUUUGCGUAUGGUUUAGAGCGGUAUAUGGACGUAUUUAAGAUAAAACCAGCUACAAAGCAAGAACUGACUGAGUAUCAUACUGAGGAGUAUGUUGAUUUUCUAUGUUCGCCAGGAAGUAAUUCGCCUUGUGAUCGAAUUACAGAUGAUUGUCCGGUAUUUGAAGGGAUAGGGGAGUAUUGUGCGCUUUAUUCUGGCGGGUCUUUACAAGCAGCGCGUUUGCUGAAUAAAAAGCAGUAUGAGAUAGCUAUUAAUUGGGCGGGAGGUCUGCACCAUGCAAAGAAGAAUGGGCCGAGUGGGUUCUGCUAUACGAACGAUAUUGUGCUGGCUAUUCAGGAGUUAUUGAAGCAGCACCGGCGGGUGAUGUACAUAGAUAUAGACAUUCAUCAUGGGGAUGGAGUGGAAGAAGCUUUUUAUCAUACAGAUCGAGUAAUGACUGUAUCUUUUCAUAAGUAUGGGGAUAAGUACUUUCCGGGUACAGGGAGUAUUUGCUGUACGGGCCGGGAAGGUGGAGUGGGUACGGCUAUUAAUGUGCCUUUGGAUUUUGGGAUUGAUGAUGCAUCGUACCAUUAUGUGUUUAAGGAGGUAACGAGUAUGUGUAUUGACUCGUAUCGGCCGGAAGUAAUUGUGAUGCAAUGUGGGUCGGAUUCUUUGGCUGCUGAUCGGAUUGGGUGCUUUGGGCUAUCUAUUCGUGGACAUGGCGAGUGUGUGCGGCAUAUUAAGGAGAAGAAGAUUCCUAUGCUGGUGGUGGGUGGUGGAGGGUACCGGCCUAAGCACGUUUCGCGGUGCUGGGCGUAUGAAACUUCGGUGCUUUGUGGUGUGGAGAUUCCUAACGAAAUUCCGCCCAAUCCGCAUAGUGGUUAUUUGGGAGAAAAUGCCCAGUUGCACUUGGAUCUGGAAUGUGCCUACCUUAAUAAGAACACUAAGGAGCGAUUGGAAAUGAUCAUUAAAUUAGCCCGCGAAAUUCUUAACCGGAGUACCCACAACGAAAAUGUGUCCCACUCAACGCAAUAA